AAAAGUUGAAAUUUAAAAAAAAAACUUAAAAAAUCAACGAAAAAAAGUGAAAAAAAUGAAAGUCGCAAAUUUUUUCAAAUUUGAUUCGAAUUUUUCAAUUUCGAUGGAUUCGGACAAGUUUUACUUGCGAUACCAAAAUAUAAUUUUUGGAUGGCUUCAUUUGGUGCUGGGAAUACUUGGCUCUUUUUAUGCUGGAUACAGAGCCUUUGUUGAUCUCAUUAAAGCCAAAUCUGCGAGUGAUCUUGACAGCACUUACCUUAGAUAUGUCAUGUUACAUCUCGAGACUAUAAUGGCCAUAUUUUGCUUCUUACUCAUAUGGGUGUCAAUGAUAUUCAUCGCUGGAGUUCAAAAGCGCAACACCUUCAUGAUGGCCCCAUUCAUAACCUACUGCAUCCUCGCAGUCAUCGCAUCAUUAGGUCUCAUCUUCAAUCACCUCCUCUUCAUAAUUUCCUUAAUUUUUUACCUGUACCUCUGUGUCAUCAGCUGCAGACUCUACAAAUUGAUUAAAGACGUCGAAAAUGAAAAUUCCAAUUCAAACAAUGUCAGACGCUACGAAGAGAGACCCGUUGAUCCACCUACAAUCACUCGACCGAGAACGCCGAGAAACAGUCGACCUGCUCCAACUAAUAACACAACAACAACAACGACAACAAGCACCAAUGGCAAUGGAAGAACGUUAGACUCUGAAGUAUAAAAAGAAUAGAUCUGGAUGAGUCAGUUACUGUUAUUUAAUUUAAGUCAAUCUUUUUAUCAUCAUAAUUUUCUCGUCUAUGAUGUCAUUUAACAUAAUUUUGUUUGCUGAAAAUGUUACGAAAAAAAAAUUUGUGUUUUUGUCGCUAUUUUUUGUGUUUGAAAGACGAUAAAACAAUGAAAGGUCG